UUGUAUAUGCUUUGCUUUUACAGAUACUUCUGAGUCAUUACCAUCUCCAACAGUAUCUACAAUAAUAUUGACAGUAACCAACUCAUUUUGUGAACCUCUUUCUUCCUCACCAUUCAAUCAGAGUAGCAUCACUGUCACCACCAUACCAAUAACAGUAACUGCCACUGCUACUGUAGAAAGCACAGCAGUGAUAAUGUCAACUAUUGUACUGCCAAUAAUACUACUGAUGAUUAUUGUGCUACUAAUAUCACUGACUCUCAUCUUUUAUUACUACAAAAUAAGAAAGGCUGUAAAUAGAAAACCAGUUUCUGGCAAAAGAACUUCAACUGCUAAAUUAGACAAUGAUGUUGUAUUCAAUAUCAGGUAUAAUGAUACUAAUCAGCAAAUAUCAUGUAGUCAAUUCACAUCAUUCCCAUUGCCAACUAUUCUUGAAAAUCAAGUAUCUGAUGGUACUAAUGAUCAAGACUACACAGCAAUGCACUCUUCUUGCAAUCACAUAUAUGAAGAUGCCACUAAAAUUUGAGUGAAGGAGGAGAUUAAGCUUUUUGUUCCUUUAGUUAUACUCAACAAAUUGACUAAUAUUAAUAAGCAUGACAGCAGUAGUGUUUGUGUAGAUAGUGUCACAUGUUUAUGUGUACAUAAAUCUAGCUCAGUAAAACAUUCAAAUAUUUUUUUCAUAAGUCAUAAAGGAACACAUAUCCAAAUAUGUAAAGCAUACAGUCUUACU